AUGCAGAUCACGUCACUUCUUACGGUGCUUGCCACAUGGGCCGUUGUCUCUGACGCGGCAUCUAUCAGUGGAAACAUGCCAUUCAGCCGUGCCUUGCGCCGUCGUGCUGAAGCAAGUGCCGGCUCUGAAGAGAGCCUGGUUUUUGAGAGGAGAUUUCAAAAGGGCGGCGAUGACAGCAAGCAAAACAACUCAGGCCCCAGAUUGAAUCCCGACCUUGUGCAAGAGAACUCUUCCGAGGACGGGUCACCGCUUGAGGAUGGACAGUCCCCCUCAGAGACCGACAAUGCCAACUUCAUCAACUUCUGCAAGGGCAAGACGCUCACCAACGGCCAGCAACAUCAGGACGGGAGCUGCAAUGGUAUCCCAAUGGGGGAAAUCCCCAGCACGAGCAACAUGGUUUCUGCCGUCUUUACUUCGCCCCAGAAUGGCGACAAGCUGGCCGCCGAGGAGACAUUCAAAAUCCAGAUCCAGAUGUCCAACUUCGCUCCGGGAACGUUCACCAACCCGAAGGUUACUUACUACUCGGCUCCUCAACACCUCAACAAGAAGGGCCAUAUCAUCGGACACACUCAUGUGACUGUCCAAUCCACCGGAUCAAGCUUGAACCCAACAACACCCCUCGAUCCUCAGACAUUUGUGUUCUUCAAAGGAAUCAAUGAUGAGGGAAACGGAAAGGGCCUAUUAACGGCCACUGUUGAGGGUGGCCUCCCAGUUGGAAACUAUAGACUCUGCUCUAUGGUGUCUUCUGCCAACCAUCAGCCUGUCUUGAUGCCUGUUGCGCAAAGAGGUGCUCAGGACGACUGUAUUCGUUUCAGUGUUGCUGAGAAACGGCGAUAA